AUGAGCACCUGGAUGAAUGACGCCGUCCCCAACCAUAAUGGCAACGGUUUUCCUCACAUGAACGACCCCAACACUGCCAGUAACAUGAUGGAUCCCUCCGCUUUCAUGGCCAAUUCAGGCCAAUUCAACCCUGCUCAGUUCCAGAACCAGCAGCAAAUGGGCGCUGGUAUGCCCAAUGGCCCAGGCCCUAUGCGCAAUGCUUCGCCUUCUUUUCAGAAUCCCGCAUAUCAAACCAAUUCAGUUAUUCCAUCGAAACGACCUCGCCCUCGUGACGAUAGCAUUGCUGGGUCUCCAAGUCAGAAUCCUGGAAUGCUUCCGACGUCGCGCUCUGAGACGCCGCAGCAACAAUCCUUUGCUGGUGGUUUUCAACCCGGCGCGAUGCCUCAGCAAACUGCCAGCCAAUUCUCCCAUCUCCAACAAAAUGGUUCUGCCAACGCGAGCCCUUCUCCGAUAAUGAGCAACCAAAUGCGACCAGGAAGUGUUCCUCAACGGGUCGCGACCGCGUCACCCCAUCCUUUCUCUCCCAGUGGCCAGCAGUUCAACCCUCAGACGUCUCCGAUACCCUCCGAACACGGCACACCUCAACCCAAUCCAUAUAUGCAGAAUAUGCCUCAAGGCUUCAACCCGAAUUUUGCCCAGUCUCCCUCGAAUGCGCGACCCUCGCCGAACCCGAAUGCGAUGCCCGGUAGUCAAAUGAUGGCACAGCAGAUGGGUCAAAUGCCGCAGCACAUGGGCCAGAUGCAAGGCAACAUGUAUCCUCCCCAGAUGCAGCAGGCUCAGCAGCAGCAAGGUACGCCACAACAGCAGCAAGGGCAGCAACAAGGCCAACAAACCCCACAACGUCCCGGCUUGACCGAUCAGCAAAAAAUGGCUGCCUAUCAAAUGAGAUUGCAACAGCAGCUCCAAGGUAACGCGGCCCAGAUGCAAGCUCAGAUGCAGGCGCAAAACAUGGGCCGUGGCAUGAUGCCCGGCAAGCAAGUACCUGGGAUGCCCAAUGGACAGAUGCAACAAGGAGCCAUGAGGCCACAGCAGAGAAUGAUGGCCAAUGUGAAUCCUGAACAAUUCAUGAAGAACCUUACAACACUGAUGAGCUCAAAAGGAUUGCCACUAGAUCCUAACCCGAUGGUGGGCGAUAGGCCUGUUAAUCUUAUGAUGCUGUUUCAAGCGGUUCAAAACAAGGGAGGAUACAAGCAGGCUUCGUCGACUCCAAAUGGCUGGCCGCAUGUUGCUCAGAUGCUUGGGCUUCCGCCCCAAAAUCCUAUAGUGCCACAGACGUUGAGAGCAAUCUACGAACGCAACCUCUUUAAGUUCGAGGAAGUGUGGAUUGCCCAACAACAAAAGCAGAGGAUGAUGCAACAGCAACAACAGCAACAACAGCAGCAGCAACAACAGCAACAGCAGCAGCAGCAGCGGCAACAACAGCAAUCACAGCAGCAGCAACCCCAACAGCAGCCUCAACAACAAGCUCAAGGCAUGCUUAUGGGACAAGCCACGCCGCAGAAGCAGAUGCAACCUGGGCAACAAAUGAAUCAAGGAACAAUGGCUCAGGGGCAGCAAACCCCAAUGCAGCAGCAAACUCCCAUGAAACAGAUGCAACCAGCGCAGCCUUCAAUGAAUGGAUUCUCCACACCACAGCCUCAGACCCAACCUCAAGCCCCAGCCAUGCCUGGCGCAAACCGCCCCUUGUCCAUAGAUGCCUCGGCUGUGCCUGACUUCCCAAAUACUGCCUCUCCAACGGCUCGAAGGCCUGGAAGUAUUUCACAGAAUGAUGCACGACAAGCUUCAGCUGUGCCUACAGCGGUUGCGGAGAGGAUGCCUCGACUGGCUCCGCAAACAGACGAGUAUAGUCCGUGUGCUCGGGAACUAUCAACAUUUGGGGGAGUUGACUUGAGCGCCUUUAGUAAGCUUGGUGCCGAACUUGAACGUUGGAAACCAGAUGUGCCCCCUCUUCAAGAACUUGGCAAUAUCGACAUUGCUGCUCUUACGAAGAGUCUGCAGAGUGGUAUUCAUGGAGAAACACGCUUGGCUCUUGAUGUUCUCGCAGCUGCAUCAUGCUCUAUGAAUCAACUUCACUUUAUUCAACUUCGAUAUUGUGAUGAGCUAAUAGAGGCACUCAUUGAGUGUGCUGAGGAUCAAGUCGAGAUGUUAGCUGAGCAUACAGUUGAGGUUUCGGACGAGAUUCAAAUAUCACCCUACGAAGAUGUUCUACGAGCUUGCCGCCUCGAACGCUUUAACAUUCGUGAUUUGCCUGUGUUUGGCACUGAAGAGUAUGAGCUAGAUCGGGCAGUCGACCGCCUAAUCUGCGUCACAACAAUUCUUCGCAAUCUAUCGUUCCCUGGCGAGCAAAAUGAAAACCACUCGGUUCUUGCGGACGAGAUUGUUGUCAAGUUUCUUUGUGUUGUCAUCAGGUAUCUCGGCACACGCACGAUGCUCCUCCGGUCACAGAACAAUACUCUGGAUUUUAUGAAGGAUGUAGUAAUCCUACUCUCUAAUAUUGCAGGGUCUGUGGAGAUUCCAGGUCGUGAGCAGGCCCUCUGUCUCUUACAGUUCCUUUUGGCAUUCGCGCCGGCUCCCAGCACUACGAUCUCGGAUGGAACCCUCUUCUUCACACAAUAUGAACCAAGUCUGCAUGCUUACCUGCCACAUGCUGUCGAUGCACUAGCGAAGCUACUUGCCCGUGAUGAACCCAACCGGGGCCAUUACAAGACUGUCUUUGCACUGGACUCUGCCAGUAACCCACCUUAUGAGUUGCUUACUCGUGCUUUUGGCCUGGCUAUAGCCCCUAUCCCCGACAAGGCCAAGGCACAAAUUCGGCAGCCAUCCCUUCCUUCACUUGUCGAGGUUCGGAAACCUUUCUUGAUGCAAGGGUUACUUGCCGCCGAGAUCCUGGCGUCACUCGCGCCGGGUCAUGACACUGGAGUUGCGCAGGCUUGGUUGUCAUCAGGCAAUGAUUUCGCUCAGAAUCUCUUCAGGCUUAUCCGCGAGCUUAGUCAAUUAUAUGAGCAACCGCCAUCUCAAGGGCCCCGAACCGCACCACGGAAGGACCCAGAACUGGUUUACAUCGUCGUGGUUGCGGUUGCACUAUUAAGAAGAUUGGCGGAGAAGGCCAGGGAUUCCAACGAUCCAGCUUCAUCAAUACCUGCCAAAGCUAUGCCUGCACCUCAUGCUCUUCUGGAAGCUUUGUCCAUGCAAUCGGCCGAGUGGGCAAAGGAUGAAGUGUUGCAAAAACUCUCAGCCUUUUUUACUCUUGGGAGAUGA